AUGACGAAUUCAUCGUGUCAGUCUAAGCGAGCUAAAUCUUUACAAGAUGGCGGAGUGGAUACAGAGUACCCUAAGUACAAUUUCAAAGAAGUGAAGUUGAAUAUAACAGAUAUGUUCUUAGGCCUCAUGAGCUGUAUUGAAGACUGUGACAAAUUCUUAGCUGAUUCCAGAAUAGCUGAUGAAAGUGAACGAGACAUCGAGAAAUUCUCAAGCAAGAUGUCAGGCUUUCGGGCUCAGGUUUCAAGCAACUUAAAUUUAAUAGCAAGGGAUCAGAUUAAGGUGGUAUUCUUUGGACGAACCAGCAAUGGAAAGAGCACCACAAUAAAUGCCAUGCUACAAGAUAAGAUCUUACCAAUGGGAAUAGGCCAUACUAUAAAUUGUUUUUACAGUGUAUAUGGUUCAGUUUUACCAGAUCCAUAUAUCUCGGUUCCAGGGAGUAUUGAAAAAAAGAAUGUGAAGUCGUUAGAUGAACUUGCUAAUGCCUUGUGGGAAGAAGAGCUUGAUCCCAGCAGUCUUGUUCAAGUGUUCUGGCCAAAGUCCAGAUGUAAAAUUUUAUCAGAGGAUGUUGUUUUGGUGGAUAGUCUUGGUAUAGAUGUGAGCCCUGAUCUUGAUCUGUGGAUAGAUAAGUACUGCUUGGAUGCUGAUGUGUUUGUCCUGGUUGCUAAUGCUGAGUCAACACUUACGUUUGCGGAGAAAAACUUUUUUCACAAAAGGAGUCAGCUUCUUUCAAGACCAAACAUCUUCAUUCUAUAUAACAGAUGGGACGCAUCUGCAUUAGAACCCGAUAAGAUGGAGCAGGUGAAAAAUCAACAUCUCAGUAUGAGUACUAAUUUCCUUGUUGAUGAGCUCCAGUGUGUAGACAAAGGACAAGCAGAAGACAGAGUUUUUUUUGUCUCUGCUAAAGAGACAUUAAACACCAGAAUGCAGAAAAACCAAGGAAUGCCUCAAGGAGGUGGUGCCAUUCAUGAUGAAGGAUUUCCUGCUCGACAGCUGGAGUUUGAGAACUUUGAACGCAAAUUUGAG